AUUCAAUGAAUCUCUAUGUGAUGUUUAUAUUUCCCAUCGCCUUGAACGCCACCUGUCACAUGACCUAGCGGAGGACUAACAUGGCGGUGUGCAUAGCAGUCAUUGCUAAAGAGAACUACCCGCUGUACAUCCGCAGCGUGCCCACCCAGAAUGAGCUAAAGUUUCACUACACAGUGCACACCUCCCUGGACGUGGUGGAGGAGAAGAUCUCCGCCGUGGGCAAGUCCCUGGGCGACCAGAGAGAGCUGUACCUGGGUCUGCUCUACCCCACCGAGGACUAUAAAGUAUAUGGGUAUGUAACCAACUCCAAGGUGAAAUUUGUGAUUGUUGUGGAUUCAUCAAAUACAUCACUGCGAGACAAUGAAAUAAGAAGUAUGUUCAGAAAGUUGCACAACUCUUUUACUGAUGUAAUGUGCAACCCAUUCCACAAUCCAGGGGACCCCAUUCAGUCCAAGGCCUUCAAUGGGAUCGUGACUGGAAUGAUGGUACAAAAUGGCUAACACCUUUCUGACUCUCUACACCCAUUGUAUAUAAUUAUUGUUUAAAUACUUUGAUUCUUGAUAUGUAAACUUCUGAUUAAACUUGUUAAAACAUUA